AUGGACUUUAGCUUCUUGGCUUUAUUGGCUUUUUCCUCUUCUUUUUACAAGGCGGUGGCGUUGCACCCUCAAGGUGUGUGCCUCCUCCAAAUGGACGAGGGUCCGUGCAGAGCUGAAAUGAGUCGUUAUUACUACAAUACCAUCACGCAGAAGUGUGAGCUUUUCUACUACGGCGGGUGUCAUGGAAACGCCAACAACUUCAGGAGUUAUCAUGAAUGCCACAAAACGUGUUUUAGAAUACCGAAAAUCCCUCAAACGUGUCGCUUCCCCAUGGAGGAGGGUCCCUGCCGAGCCCUCUUCACUCGCUAUUUUUUCAACAUGACCAGCAUGCAAUGCGAGGUCUUCUACUACGGCGGCUGCCAGGGCAACGACAACCGCUUCCCAGAUCUGGCAUCCUGCAACGAGUACUGCAGCCCACGAAAAACACUUCCUGUAUUGUGCUUGGACCCUCUGGACAAAGGCAAAUGUUCCGCCUCCAUUCCGCGUUACUACUAUAAUAAGAGCACCAAGAUGUGUGAGGAGUUCAUGUACUCAGGAUGCGGUGGGAGCAGCAACAACUUCGUCUCCAGGCAUAGCUGCAUGGACGUGUGUGUUAAAGGAGGGAGAAAAAACAGCGUCAAAGGAAAAAUACGCCGCUUGAGACGAAAUCGCAUCACUUUCUUGCAAGCGUAG